AUGGAUCACGUCGAAGACCGCUUCACUCAUCUCCAAGUCCGAGAUGGAGAGCAAUCCCUCACAUAUAUCUCAGUUCCUUUUCAGAACAGCCCCAGUCUGGUCACUUAUCUGAGGCCCUUCGCGCCCGCAGACCAUGACGACGAUUGGAGCACCGCUCCCAUUGCCGUCCUCUGGCAUCCCUUCCUCGAUGCGCAGGAAGCGAUCUGCCCCGUCGUCCCGGCGGCCCGAGGCAGCCGUGACAGCGAGGUCAACGGCCAGGCCACCAGAAACCUGCGCCUCCGCGGCCGCCUAGACCGCACCCGCGAUCUCGUCUACGUCACCGGAGUCUCGCGUCUGCAGAUCCGCCUCCGCCUCCUGGCCGGCCCGCUCGCGUCCCCGCCCAUCCGCUCCGUCGUCUUUGCGCGCACCACCCCGCCGCUGAGCGGCAUCACAGACGAGGCCAACCCCAUCCGCAUGCGCGGCUUCGCGUACCGCGCCGGCCAAGAAGACCAGCCUCUUGACUGGCGCUCCCUGGUCCGCAACGGAGCAGACGGCCCGGCCGAGGCGGCUGAUCGGACUUCUCGGCGCCUCGCGGUGAUCAACCGGCUCACCUCUCUGAUCGCCCGUCUGCAUGGCCGCGGAGUGCUCUUUGCCAGCUCGGACCUGCUAGACAGCGUCGUCGUCGCUCCCGCCGCCAACGAGCCGCAGCCGGAGCUCCGGCUGUCCAACUUCGGCCUCGCCAGGGCCAUCCCAGAAGAGCGCGCCCUGUCCCUUCCCCAGCCGAUGCGUCCGGCCACCCCCCCUGCGCCCCCUCCGUCCCCUCCGCCCCCGGGAGAACCGGAAGCGCCACCACCAUGGAACGUCAAUAACCUCAUCUACAAUACUUAUCUUUUCGAGGACCCUCCUGUCUCGCAGUCCCCACCCUCCGGACAGGACAGCUCGAACCCCAUUGCAGGAACGAGCGCCAACCCCGUCAUCUCGCACGAGCCCGCCGGCCCGGACGCCUGGUCCAGCGCCGCACACGCCCACGACACGGAGGCCGCCGCCCGCCAAGCCACAGAGGACUUCUUCUUCUUUGGCCCCAACCGCGCUCCCGCCGGUCCGCCCGCCGCCGGCCCAUCCCGUCGUCCCGACCCCCCUCUGCCGGAAGGAAUCUACGACGACAGCGACGAAGAGGAGCACGACGCGGCCGGUACCGCACGCGUGAUCAUCCCCUUUGACUACGAUCCCGAAGCUGUACAGCCCAUGGACCCCACAGCGCUAUUCUAUUGCUACCGUCUGAUGUACGGGAGGAGCGGGCCGCUGGACGAAGAAGAACAGCAACAACUGCAACGGCAGCUGCAGGAGCAUGAACAAGAGCUGCAAGAGAGGGCGCAGGAGCGUGAACAACGGCUGCAAGGGAUACAACAGGAACCGCAGCAGCAGCAGCCGCAACCGCAGCAGCAGCAGCAGCACGAGCACGAGCACGAGCAGGAACAGCAGCAGUCGCCCGAAGAGCGGCCUCUCCUCCCCCGAGCCACUGCGUCAGACGACCUCUUCGGCCUCGGCCUCGCCAUCGCCACGCUCCACCACGGCCGGGACUUGGCUGCUCUGUACUGGGACCGCGUCCGGCGCAGCAUGGACAUCUCCAGCAGCCGGGACGGCCGGCGCCGCGGCAAUGAGGAUCCCGGCCAGCAAUUCGCCGAUACACUGCGCGAGGCUGGCGUCAACGAGAUCGACGAUGACGACGCCCGGGAGCUUGUUACCCAGCUCCUCCGGGGCGAGUUGGAGAAGCCAUUGGGAACGCCGCUGGAAGAAAAGAAUGAGGAGUGA